AUGCUCUUUCCGCAGGAAGACACAGAGGUCGUGAAACAAUGGCUCAUACGCGAACUAGAGCCACUAUGUGAUGCUGACCCAGAUGUGCUCGCUGACUACGUGCUGGCACUUUUCAAGAACGAUGCUGACGACGACGAGCUGAACAAGAUGCUCAACGAGCAACUCGUCGACUUCCUCGAGGGACACACAGCUGCCUUUGUCAGCAAGGCCAUCGACACCCUCAAGCACCGGCAGUAUGUCACAGCAGGACAGACACGCAAGCGUGACGAAGAUGACGACGAUAUGCCGGACGCAGAAUUCCAGGACGCCCUGGAUCAGCCGAGCAAACGCCACGCACAGGAAUCCCUCGAGGCGGAUGGCAACACGCCUCAGAGCCGGCCUCGGCGGCAUGCUCGUGUUCCCAAGGGCUGGUGUCGCGACUACCACAAUUACGGCGUAUGUGCGCGCGGCGAUCAAUGCAAGUUCCUGCACUCGGAUGACAGUAUGAUGCCUCCCAUGCCGCCGAUGCCACCUAUGCCUCCCAUGCCUUUUAUGCCUAUGCCAGGCAUGCCCCCCAUGCCGACGCCCGAGCAUUUCGCACAGAUGAUGCACCACAUGCAGCAGCAGAUGAGCGGCUUCGGUCGUGGCGGCAGUAUGGCCCGUCGUGGGCGCGGCGGACGUGGGCGCGGCGGCUAUGCAGCACCCACGCCGCCUGCCCGCAGCCAGGACACGAUUGUCAUCGAGAAUAUACCCGCCGAGCACUUGGGACUGGUCCAUGUAAAUGACUACUUUAAGCGCUUUGGCACGAUUACCAACAUUGAGAUGGACGAAGCGAACAAGAAAGCGAUUGUAUCAUAUGCAACGCCUGCAGAGGCCGAGCAGGCCCACAAAAAUCCUGAUGUCAUCUUUGGCAACCGCUUUGUCAAGGUGUACUUCCAGCGUCUCGAGAAACCCGCGCCAUCGAAGCCCAACUACAUGACAGACCGUGGCUCCAAUGUGUACCUUGCGCCUGAGCUGCGCUCAGCGACGUCGGCCACCAUGACCCCAGCCGAAGAAGAGCGGCAUCGAAUGCUCGAGCUGCGUAAGAAGCGGCAGACGCUCGUGCACAUGCAGCUGGCUGAGCAAAAAGCGCUCCUUCAGAAACUCGAAAGCAAGGAUCUGACGCCACAGGGACGCAACAGCAUCAUGUCCAUGCUCGAGAAGCUGUCGACGGAGAUCAAGGGCGCAACAGAAAUGCUCAAGAAGGAUAUGCAGCCUGCAGCCGACGAGGCAACGACCGAGCAAUUGCAGGCCAAACUGAUGCAGCUCCGUGCCGAGGCCGCUUCUUUGGGCCUUUCCUCGCGCGGUGGCUUCCGUGGCCGCGGCCGCGGCCGUGGUGCACCGCGCGGCGCAUUCAGUGGCAGGUCCAUGACGCUCGACAACCGCACGACCAAAGUCGGCAUCUCGAAUCUGCCUGAUGGCUUUGACGCGAGUAAGCUGCAGGCGCACGCCCAGCAGUUUGGUGAGAUUCUCACAAUGGAGUACCUCGACGACCAGGUCAUUGUUACGUACAAGACACGCGCCAGCAGCGAGCGUGCGAUGCGGGCGGGCGGCUCGAUUCCCGACGUGGGCCAAGCCCAUCUGGCCUGGGUCGAGACACCACCGAUCGCCCCCACGACCGUGGACGUCGACGAAAACGCCGAGCGCGAAAAUUGGAAACGCUAA